AUGGCGACCAAGCCAAAGAGAUUCGUCUGCCCCAACGAUGCCUGCCAGAAAGGGUUCACCCGCGCUGACCACCUGCGGCGUCACAUGUUGAACCAUGGCGACGGGGAAUACACCUGUCCGAGAUGUCGCUUGCACUUUAAGAGAUCCGACCUCCUAGAUCGCCAUGUGGCGCGACAUCGGCAGAAGGAUGAAGAGGCUGGUGGUGAAGGGCUCGGCAUUGUUGAGAGUCGGAAAAGACUCUGGCGAGACGCCGAUGGGAAUAUCGUCAGGGAUCGUCCCUCGCACAGUUACUUGCGCAGGCAGUGGAUGAAGAUGCAAUCUCUCGACCUCGCGCAGCAGAGUGCCCAGAUACCGAUCUUCAUGAGCUGUUUGGAUACUCCCACAUCUGUCGAUACAGAGAGGGCCUCUCCGUCGAGGUCCAAGUCUGGGCCCGACACGGUGACUUCCCAGGGUCUUGAGGCCGAUGGAAUCCCUCAACAUCAAGGCUUGAUCGAGACGGCACUGGGAUUUGACAUGUUUGAGUUUAUGGCCAGGUCUUCCUGGGACUUUCCGACCGAUGAUCUGGAGAUGCAGGUCGACGCUCCCUGUGACGAAGCGUCGACACAAAACACUAUGGGGGAAGCGCCAUGUUCACGACAAAUGGACCGAACUGGCCACUCCGCUACAGCAACAAUCUCUUAUGAUGGACUAUUCACUCCGGUGGCCAGUCUCGACUGGCUCAUCGACCCCAAUGCCAACAUAAUGUCUGGUCUUGAAUCAUCGGAAUUUGGACAAACCACGAACCCCAAUCCACCACCGAACAUGUCUCAUCAACCGAUGAAUUCGUCACUAAACGAAUUAUUCACCAUGCCGCCCGAAACGGAGAGCGAGCCAACGUCGAGACAAUCACUGGAGCAGCUUUGUCAACCACUGCUACGGAACUCGACUGGAGCAACGGAGACCCUGGACGAACUUUCGGCAACCCCAGCAGUUGGUACAAGAACCUCGAGAAUACCGGCUCCAUCAGAGCUUGUCUCCGCCCUAGACUCGUUCUGGGAGACCGGGUCUUCUACUUUUGCCUUGACACGUCCAGGAUCUUCAAGAGGGGCACGAGAACAGUCUGAGCAGAUGCCACAAUCUGAAAGAGACAGCUCGUGCUCUGCGUCAAGCCUGGACAGCCUUCCCAGUCGGCUGGCACAUGCACCACUGCUGGAUGACGACUCACACCAGAAACUAUUGAGCUUGUUGCGCCACGCCAAAGGUCGAGCAGCUGAUGUGAACAUGGAUACCAUCAAACACCACUCGCUCUUAUCCCGUGCGUCCAUGCAAACCUACCUCGAGCUUUUCUUUUCGUGUUUCAAUGCUUCUUACCCGCUCCUGCACCCGGCCUCUUUUGAGCCAUCUCGGACGGAAACUCUACUUCUCUCGGCUGUGGUAUUACUCGGUGCAACCUUUAGCGACAACAGUAUUGACGCCUUUUCCGACCGGAUGUACGAUGCUUUGAGGGCCGAAGUGUUCCAUCGGGUAGCGUUUUGUGUGACGCCAGAGCUAUGGAUGAUCCAGACCGUGUUCUUGCUCGAAUGCUUUGGACAAAGAACACAUGACACGGCGUUUUUAUUCCAUGGUCUCCUCGUCAAUCUCAUUCGGCGAAGUGGAUGUCUGACUGUGCAGCAACCGAGGGUCGUUGACAAGCCUGAGCUUCUCGAGUCGAACUGGCACAAGGCGAUUAGUGUCGAGCUUCAGAAAAGGGUGGCUUUCCUUUGUCUCUUCUGGGAUACACAAAACGCCGCUCUCUUCUCCCAGCCACUGUCUCUGUCCACGUUCGAAAUACGCACCGCUCUGCCCUGUAGCCGGUCAGCUUGGGAGGCCGCCUCUGCAGAAGAGUGGUGGAAAUACGCACGCGAGGAGUCUCUCCUCCCUUUCCAGUCCGUAUUGACAGCGUAUCUGGAUCUCGACUCGGGAUUGAAAAUUCCCGAUCUUGACGCGUUCCCACUACUUCUAGUCCUCAAUGGACUCAUAUCUAUUCAGUGCGAGAUGAAGCACGUAGAUCAGAUGGCUUCUAGACUGAUGCAUCAUACGGGCUAUCUGGACAAGGACAAAUGGCGGGAACAACUCAUUGCCGCAUACGACGCAUGGAAAGUCGACUUUGACACCUACUGCUUGAAGAUGGUUUCUUUUGACGAGAGCCACUCGAGACGAGCCCACUUUGCGCGCUUUAGAACCGCUGCGAAUGCGGUGUACCACACGGCCCAUAUCACGUUGAACGUCGACAUCGUCGAUCUCCAGAUCUACGCCGGAGCCCGGCGAUCCAUGGGCCGCCGCGUGACACGGUCGGACUACAUGCGAGCCCAAGGGAAUGUCAGGGAGUGGGCCAAGGCGCGUGGCUCGUUUUCUGGGGUCAAGGCAGUGUGGCACGCGGCACACCUCUUGCGGGACAGCGUCUUCAACCUGGAACACUUUGACGUCCGACAUACCUUUUUCUACCCGUUCCGUCUGUACAUCUCGACGCUGAUCUGCUGGGCGUUUCACUCCCUGACCGUGGCGGACACCACCAAGGCGCCACCGCAGCAGAUCGCCAGUCAUCGACGGUAUGAGACGACACCCGCGACAUCUGCUGCUGCGGGCGCAAAGACGACCGAAGGGUCUACGAGGUGGCAGGCCGAAACGGAAAUGAAGGUCCUGGUCAGUAGCAUGACGAGCGUGAUGCCCGAGCGUCUCUCGCGGUUGCUGGGCAAGUAUUCGACGUCGGGCCUCACGACCGUCAUGGCCGAGCGGUUGAGUCGCAUCAGGUGGAUCGUGAUCCAGGAGGGGAUCAAGUUGCUCAGGGACCUUGUGCCGGAGCGAGUGGUGGACGAGUACGAGGGUGAAGGCGUUGUUGAUGAGUAG